UGUCAACGGUUCAGUUUCAUCUCCACCUCUCUAUCUCCUCACUAUAUAUCUACAUCUGAUUUUAAUAAAUUGUUGAAACACAAAAAAGUAUCCCCAUGAUGAAGAGUUUCAACACCGUUUUGUUCCUUUCCAUUCUAAUUUGCUUGCUUGGCCUCACGACCACCAAAGCAUCCCCAAAUUACCUUUAUACUCAAUGCCCAAACACAACAACUUACACUCCCAACAGCACAUACCAAUCCAACCUCAACACCCUCUUCUCUGUUCUCGCUUCCAAGUCCACCACCAUCAAUGGCUUCUACAACUUCACUGCUGGCCUCAGUCCCCCCGACAUAGCCUACGGCCUCUUCCUCUGUCGCGGUGAUGUUUCAACCCAAAUCUGUCAAGACUGCGUGGCCACUGCUACUAAAGAAGUAGUACAAAACUGUCCCAAUUCGAAGGCUGUUACGAUUUGGUACGAUGAGUGCAUGUUGCGAUACUCGAACAAGUCAAUCUUCUCGAUUUCCGACCAUUCUUUCGGAUUAAUCUUAGUUAAUACAGAGAACAUAAAUGAUCCAAAAAGUUUUACAAAUUUGUUGGGAAAAGUAAUGGAUGAUGUAGCGACUCGUGCUUCGAAUGGCGUGUCGGGUAAGAAGUUCGCGACGAGAGAAGCUGACUUCUCUGCACUUCAGAAGCUGUAUGGAUUAGCGCAGUGCACACCGGACUUGACUACCUUUGAUUGCAAUAGUUGUCUUAGAGAUGCUAUCUCGAGUUUUCCGGAUUGCUGCGACGGAAGAAGAGGUGGGAGAGUUCUGUUUCCAAGUUGCAAUGUCCGGUACGAGACUUAUCCUUUUUAUGCCGCCCCUACACCGCCGCCUUCUCUAGUUUAAGUAGCGGUAUAUAUAUCAGUAUCUGAUCAAUAUUGUACAAUUGAUAUAUCAAUGACGACUGAUAUUUAAAACUUAUUGAAACUUGUGAAGGUAGCUUAUCAAAA